CCUGAGAUGUGCCCAGGAGCUCAGGCCUUUCCCAAGGUGCCCUGGAGAAGCGGAGUGAAGGGCAGCAGCUUUGACCCCCAAGGGAAAACCUCCAAGGACCCCAAGGUGACAGAGGCAAGGGCCAAGAGCAGGCUGUAGUCAGGGGGUGAAGCAAUGAGCGCCCGGGCUACACGGCCUCGAAGCCGCCGAGGGAGGCAUCCUCCGCCUGGGGAGCUGGACCCCGUGGCUGAGAGUUCAGAGGAGAUGGAGGCUGCCAGUGGGAGUUUCGAGGCUAAACCUGGGCUGCUUCAGGAACAUCUUGGUCCUGACAAGCAGGGCUCAGGGAGCUGGACCGAGGAUGAUUGUGGUGUGAGAUCCCAUGAGGCCCUACCCUUGAGCCUAGAGAAACGGUACGAGUCUGAAGCAGAAACCCAGCAGGCCCUGCAGGCAGCCCCCCCGGAUACUGGCCCUGCUAAGACGCUAGCACCCACGGUGUUUGAGACCCUGCAGUGCAGGCUGAGCUCCCUUGAGGCAGCUGUGUCUGCACGGCACCACUGCUCCCUCAGCUUUCCAAGACCAGUGGAAACAGAAGACAGAGACAAGGGGCCUCCUGGAUCCUUUAGCGAUCAGGAAGAAGCUGCUGGGACUGGACAGCAGGAGGCAGCUCGCCUCAUAGAGAGGAACGCCUGGCUGCGGCUGGCCCUGGGCAGCCGAGAGGAUGAGCUGGUUUACACUCAGGCUUCCCUGCAGGAUGCCCAGGCAGAGAAGGCGAGUCUGCAGAGACAGGUGCAAGAGCUGGAGGAUUCCCUGAUGCGGCUGGAGGCCUCCCCGCCUUCCUCCAUCCUCAGAGUAAGGCAUGCAAACAGCAACUCCAGCAGUUUUGAGGCAGAAGGGGAAACCUGGGCACCUCAGGACUCUCCUGUGGCUCACCCCCUUCUCCGACGCCUCCAGAGUAACUUCAGUACUCAGAUCUUUGGGUGUCUUUCUACACAGCAUCCAGCUCCAGAGAUGUACCUCAUAGAAGACCAAAUGGGGCAGCUCCAGGGGAGCAUUGAGAAGUUGAAGUGCUUCAAUCGCCUCCUGCUGGCUGUGCUCCAGGGCUACAAGGGCCGCUGUGAGAGCCUCAGCAUGCAGCUUGGCCAGCUGGAGGCUGAGUACACAGCCCUGCACCUGGCCUUGCAGUAUAGAGAGGAUUAUGAAGAAGUGUUUGGGGUGCUGCUUGCUCUGAGAACAGCUGGCUUAGGAGUUGGAGCUGUAGCCACCAAGGGUGACCUGCAGGCUGCUGAGAAGGAAGCAUGUAGGCUGCUGGUGAAGAAGCAAGCAGCCAUGGAUGGAGAGACACCCCCACCCAGCCCAGAGGGAAGCAGUGUGGACAAGCCCACAGCACAGGAACUGGCUACUCAGCUCCACCAUUAUGUCCAGCACCUCCGGGAGCGCUGGGCUCUCCUGAAGGUGCCCCCAGCGCUUGGCCCUGCCACCGUGCCCUGGCCCACAGUGCCCCACACAGAAGCGACACUGCAGGCCAUUCUGGAGAUACAGCCCGGCCCUACCCUGCCCAGGCUGGAGAAGUCUCAGAUCCAGCAGGACCUAGUGGCUACUCGGGACAAUCUGGCCGACCUGGUGCUGCAGCUGCAGCUGGCGCGACGGGAGAAGCGCGGGCUGGAGCUAAGGGAGGCUGCACUGCGUGCCCAGGGCCCCGCCCACCUGCUGCUCCUGCAACAGCUUGGCUGGGAGCAGGCUCAACUCACCGGCGAAGGCAGCAGCGGGGGCAGCAGCCAAGAGGAGGACAGGGAGGAGGAGGAGCGGCACUACCAGGGCCCUCCUGCCCUCCUGGGUGGCCAGAUGGGCAAACCGUGGGACCCCGAGACCGUAUCCCAGGAACUGUCUGCAUCCCUUGCCCGGGCAGUGGACCUUCGGGCACAGCUGCAGUCCCUGCGGCAGCAGCUGGAACAGGUGGCUCAGAAGGGCCAAAUUAGACGCGCUCAGAGUGCAGAGCUGAUCAGAGAGCUGUGCAAGGCACACAGCGCUCUGGCCUUGGCCAUCAGAGGAGCCCACCGGACACAGGAAGAGCAGCGCAGGAAGUUGGAACAGCAGGUGGCUCAGAUGCAGUCCCAGCAGGCAGAGGAGCUGGAAGUUCUGGCAGCCACUGCGAGGGCCCUGGGGAAGCCCAGGGCUCCCCAGCCAGCCCAGACCUUCCUGUAGGGCCUGAAUCAAGUCUGCAUGUCAACACAGGGGUGGC